AUGCAACUAGAACAAUACAAAAAGGAAGCUUCAGCGAUGGAUAGAGUGGAAAGUGACGAGCUUGAGUUGUCUUUACCUUAUCCCCUUCAAUAUAUUGGCGACACCCUUUGUAAGCUGACGUCAAUAUACAUCAAUGACGUGGAAGAUGAAGAAGAUGAGGAGAACGAAGAAGGCAAUAGUUUUGUCUUCCAGAUUGAUGAACGCUUGUUGAUUGAUCCUCGUUUUGUUUUGCUUGACAAAAUGAUCGGUGAAGGCUCUUACUCUACUGUUCAUGAAGGAUUCUACAAAUCCAAACCUGUUGCUGUGAAGGUUAUUCAGCCAAGUAAUCCGUCAGCUGUAAUUCGUGAACAUAAAGAGAAAUUUCAGAGGGAGGUUUUACUGCUGUCAAGGAUGGACCAUGAGAAUGUUAUAAAGUUCAUCGGUGCUUCGGUGGAGCCAACUAUGAUGAUAGUUACUGAACUCAUGAAAGGUGGUACUCUUCAGAGGUAUUUGUGGAGCAUGCGGCCCCAGCGUCUCGAACUGAAGCAUUCAUUAUUUCUUGCAUUGGAUAUUUCCCGAGCUAUGGAAUACUUGCAUGCCAAUGGCAUUAUUCAUCGUGAUCUGAAACCGAGUAAUUUGCUUCUCACCAACAAUAAAAUGCAUGUCAAGCUAGCUGACUUCGGGCUAGCAAGGGAGGAAGUAAUGGGUGGAAUGACUUGCGAGGCCGGUACUUACCGUUGGAUGGCACCCGAGUUAUACAGCAGAGAUCCGCUCCCCAUCGGAGCAAAGAAACACUACGACCACAAAGUCGAUGUGUACAGCUUUGCCAUUGUUCUUUGGGAGUUAUUGACGAACAAAGCCCCAUUCAAGGGAAGGGAUAGUGUACUAGUGGCGUAUGCAGCAGCAAAAAAUGAAAGGCCUAGCUUGGAAGGUCUUCCAACAGAGAUUGCAUCUCUCCUGCAGUCCUGUUGGGCAGCAGACCCGAAGAUUCGUCCGGAAUUUAAGGAAAUCUCUGCCUAUCUCACAAGCUUCAUCUACCGAUGUUGCUCUGCAGAGACUAAGCCUCCUAAGAUGGUCGAAAUCGAUCGUUCCGAAAGCCAUGCAGAGGAAGAGAGCUUGGAUACCGGCCAUGUUACGAACAAGUGUAACGACGAGGGAAAGAAGAAGAAGACUUAUCCAUGCCUCAUCUGCUUCGAAGAUUGCUUAUGA